UGUUUACUUCAUUCAAUGUCCUGUCCAAGUAAUAUUUUCUGUCCUAACCUGUGUGUCCUGUGGUUGUGUCUCCAGGCCGUGGUGCAUGAGACGGAGGGAUUACUGGGAUAUAUCUACUGUGACUUUUUCCAGCGCUCAAAUAAACCUCACCAGGAUUGUCACUUCACCAUCAGGGGCGGCCGCUGGUGCUCAGAGACGGGUCAGUACCAGCUGCCGGUGGUGGUACUGAUGCUCAGUCUGCCUCAACCCAACACGAGGACCCCCAGCCUGCUGACCCCAAGCAUGAUGGAGAACCUGUUCCAUGAGAUGGGACACGCCAUGCACUCCAUGCUGGGACGCACGCGCUACCAGCACGUCACAG